ACCGGCACACUUUCAGAAGAAGCGCCGCGUUCUCUCAUGUGUGCAUAAGUAUGGCGGCUACAAAGGUUCCAGAGGUUCGUGACAUCACACGGAUCGAGAGAAUUGGUGCCCAUUCUCACAUUCGUGGCCUUGGUUUGGAUGAUGCAUUGGAGCCAAGACAGGUGUCACAGGGGAUGGUUGGUCAGCUGGCCUCCCGUCGAGCAGCUGGGGUCAUCUUGGAGAUGAUCAAAGAUGGCCACAUCGCUGGCAGGGCGGUGCUGAUCGCCGGCCAGCCUGGCACAGGAAAGACUGCCAUUGCUAUGGGCAUCGCACAGUCUCUUGGCCCAGAUACACCUUUUACAGCCCUGGCUGGUAGUGAGAUCUUCUCCCUGGAAAUGAGCAAGACUGAGGCACUGAGCCAAGCUUUUAGAAAAGCCAUUGGAGUGAGGAUCAAAGAAGAGACGGAGAUUAUUGAAGGAGAAGUGGUGGAAAUUCAAAUCGAUAGACCUGCUACUGGAACAGGUGCAAAAGUGGGCAAGCUGACCCUGAAGACGACUGAGAUGGAGACCGUAUACGACUUGGGGAACAAGAUGAUUGACAGCCUCAGUAAAGAGAAAGUUCAAGCUGGUGAUGUUAUUACCAUUGACAAAGCCACAGGGAAAAUCAGCAAGUUGGGACGCUCGUUCACCAGAGCGAGAGACUACGAUGCCAUGGGAGCUCAGACACAGUUUGUACAGUGUCCUGAGGGAGAGCUGCAGAAGAGGAAGGAGGUUGUGCACACAGUGUCCCUGCACGAGAUUGACGUCAUCAACAGCCGCACACAAGGCUUCCUGGCUCUCUUCUCCGGAGACACCGGAGAGAUCAAGUCUGAAGUCCGCGAGCAAAUUAAUGCCAAAGUGUGUGAGUGGAGGGAAGAAGGCAAGGCAGAGAUUAUUCCCGGGGUGUUGUUCAUUGACGAGGUCCAUAUGCUGGACAUGGAGUGCUUUUCCUUCCUGAACCGCGCCUUGGAGAGUGACCUGUCCCCGGUUCUCAUCAUGGCGACCAACAGGGGCAUUACUCGAAUCCGUGGCACGAACUACCAGAGCCCUCACGGUAUCCCCAUCGACCUGCUGGAUCGCCUGCUCAUCAUCGCCACCUCCCCGUACACUGAAAAAGAGACGAGGCAGAUCCUCAAGAUCCGGUGUGAAGAGGAGGACGUGGAGCUGAGUGAGGAGGCUCACACAGUCCUCACCAGAAUUGGCAUGGAGACGUCGCUGCGCUACGCUAUCCAGCUGAUCAGCACGGCAGGACUGGUGUGUCGUAAGCGCAAGGGGACAGAAGUUCAGGUGGAGGACAUUAAAAGAGUUUACUCUCUGUUCCUGGAUGAAGCCAGAUCCUCUCAGUACAUGAAGGAGUAUCAGGAUUCCUUCCUCUUUAAUGAAACACAAUCGGCUUCCAUGGACACCUCGCAAUAAGAAGACGUUUGUUGUCCCGCUCUGCUUGUUCUUGUUACCUGGAGUUGGAUUGAGUUCAGGACUGGGUUAUACAUUUGAAUUCAGACCUACAGUGAAGACAGAAUUCAGAUUUUUCCAAGUGUUUAAUCUUUCCUCGUGUAUUUUUCUCCUCGUUAGCCUUCUAAUGUGACAUAAAAGUCAAAUUCUUUUUACUGAAAUUUGACCUGGUUUAAAGUCUGUUCAGCAUCGAGGCCUUGUAACAGGAACGUCCAUUCCUUUUAGAGUUUUAUUUUUGCUUUUGUAUUGCUUAAAUCAUCUUUCAGCUUUUGUUUUGAAAAUAAACGUUUAUAAUCCUC